UGUACAAAUAGUUUUUUUUUUUUUUUAAUCACAGGACAGCAGCACCUACCGCAGCAGCCCAGCUCCUGACUCCUCGGUUUUGGGGUGCCUUUGAGGACCGGUUUCCCAUUACUCUUCAUGGAAAGCCUCCAACAAGGGCGCAGGCAGCAGAGGCAGGAUUUAUGGACCGCAGCUACUACCACUACUGGAGGAGGCUUCAGUACAAGCUGCGGGUACAGUAUAUUCUCGGUAAGUGCUUACAACGGUGCCAGUCACAUUAUGGUCUACUUUAAGUGAGCUAUGUUUGGUUAAAACUCACCCAAGUCCUGUCCCCCAGAGCAGUCCACUGGCAGGACCAGCCAAAAACCCCUGGCAUCUCACAUCCAGCGUGCCAUUGCUAAGGAGAAUGCGUGGACUACCAACGUGCCCUCUGUGGACAGUGUUCUGCUGGCGUGGGUGCCCUGCCAGGAGCCAUCGGCUGCAGAGAAUGAUCCUGUGAUCAUUGCCUCCGUGGUCCAGCAGAAAUGGAAAGGGCUGGCCAUUAAGAGCUUUGAGGGGAAAGGUAAAGGGGUCAUUGCCACCAUGGAGUUCAAGAGGAACCAGGUCGUGUGUGACUACCACGGUGAAGUGGUCUCCAAGCAGGAAGGGGAGCGGAGGUUGGAGACCCUCACCGGGGAGCCGUCAUACCUGUUCUUCUUUAAGGGCAAGGGUGGCAAGCCUCUCUGCAUCGAUGCCCAGAAGUUCCCCUGUGACUGCCACCCAGACCAGGAGACUUAUGGGAGGAGGAUGAACCAUUCCCGCAGCAAAAACAAUGUGCGGCCUCAGAGAGUUUCUCUGAAAUUUCUGGAUGGUCCCAGGGAAUGCGUUCUCUUCUUCGCUCUGCGGGACAUUGCCGUCAGCGAGGAGCUCCUGUGGGAUUACGGGGUUCGCAGGUCAUCAUUCCAAGGAGAAGGGUGGGAUCUUUCUUGGCUUGAUGACUGA